AACUAUUCGUAAACUAUCUGUGGUGCGCGGUGCGGUGCGGUGUGAUGUGGUGUGUGAUGUUGAAGAUUUUAUUCAAUUUUUUAUAUCUCAGUAAAAAAUCUCUCAGUGAAUAAAUAACAUUUAAUCGUAUAUAUCUGUUUAACACCACUCUAUUAAUUCAGUUAUUAAAAAUAUAUGUAUCGGGAGUGUCGUAAAACAACAUAAAAUUUAUGGCAGUUAAAAGUAACUAAUAUUCACAAAAUUGUGACAAUGUCUUACAAUUCUACGCUUGAUAGUUUCUGCGGAUCUCAAUUUUGGAAUAGCAGUCUCACGUGGUACACCGACAGCCCAGAGCUAACGCCAUGCUUUCAGAAAACAGUCCUCGUGUGGACACCAUGUUUGUACCUAUGGGCCGCGGCGUUCCUUGACACCUACUAUAUAUUAAACAGUAAAGAAAGGAACAUACCAUGGAACAUAUUAAACAUCAGCAAACUGCUCAUAACUUGCCUUCUGAUAGUGUUAAAGUUUGUGGAUUUGGGCGUCACUGUGCACACCUCAUCUCAAGGAGAGAAGGAAGUGUUUAAUGCCGAUUAUUAUAGUCCCAUUAUCAAGAUUUUAACAUUUUGUUUAUCAGCAACGUUAUUAUACUACAAUCGAAAGUAUGGUAUGAGAGCAUCAGGAGUUCUGUUCUUCUUUUGGUUAUUGUUGAUACUGGCGGGCUUGCCCCAGCUACAGUCCGAGGUCAAAGCGCACUACAACCUCAGCGACGAUGAAAAUGUUCAAUAUAACUUCGUCAGUUACAUGGUCUAUUAUCCACUGAUAAUCCUCAUGUUUUUAUUGAACUGUUUCGCCGAUUUACCUCCGAAAGAUACGCCUUAUAAAUAUGAAAAGAACCAGUGCCCAGAAAACGCGUCGGGAUUCCCCAGUCGACUCACGUACAGCUGGUUCGAUCCCCUUGCUUUGACAGGGUUCCGUAGAAGUUUAACUGAAGAAGACUUGUGGGCAUUAAACCCUCAGGACUCGUCCACAGAAGUUGUGCCAAAGUUCGAUAAAUUUUGGGAAAAGUCUUUGAGAAAACGAGAAAUCUCCAACGCCACAAAAGCGACAUAUCGUAAGACAUCGGCCAGCGUGAACUUCAAGCCUGAAUCUGAGAAAAAGCCUGCCUCCAUACUACCAGCACUAUGUCUCGCGUUCGGCGGUCAGUUCCUGUUCGGAUCUAUGCUCAAACUCUUCAACGACGUACUGAUGUUCUUGUCGCCACAGCUACUCAAACUCCUAAUAGGUUUCGUGCAAGGUAAAGAGCCGAUAUGGAAAGGUUACGUUUAUGCAGUUGCGCUUCUUGCCUGCGCCACGGUGCAAACCAUGCUGCUGGCGCACUACUUCACCAGGAUGUACCUGGUGGGCAUGCGCAUUCGCACCGCCCUCACCAGCGCCAUCUACAGGAAGUCACUGCGCAUGUCCAACUCCGCCAGGAAGGAGUCCACCGUCGGAGAAAUCGUUAACCUCAUGUCCGUUGAUGCUCAAAGAUUCGUGGAAUUAACAGCUUAUUUGAACAUGAUCUGGUCUGCGCCGCUACAAAUAGCUCUUGCCCUAUACUUCUUGUGGGGGAUUCUUGGUCCCUCCGUACUUGCCGGACUGGCAGUCAUGAUCAUACUCAUCCCCGUGAACGGCCUCAUUGCCAACAGAGUGAAAACCCUCCAAAUAAGGCUUAUGAAGUACAAGGACGAGAGGGUCAAACUUAUGAAUGAAGUACUUAAUGGAAUAAAGGUCCUCAAAAUGUACGCCUGGGAGCCGAGUUUCGAAGACCAAAUUCUUAAAAUAAGAAACAAGGAAAUGAAUGUGUUAAAACAAACAGCUUAUCUCAACUCUGCUACCUCAUUUAUAUGGUCUUGCGCACCUUUCCUGGUAACCUUCCUAACCUUCUUCACGUUUCUGAUAAGCGACCCUGAGAAAAAUAUCCUGACAGCUGAAAAUAUAUUCGUGUCGAUGUCUCUGUUUUACACAAUGCACUUGCCCCUAGGUUUACUGCCACUCAUCGUGGUAUCAGCGAUCGAGACAUCCGUCGGUAUAAAGAGAUUGAACAAAUUCAUGAAUUGUGAUGAACUCGAUGUCACGUCCGUUGAACACGAUCCUAAAGACCCGAACCCAAUUUCAAUCGAGAACGGUCACUUUACAUGGGGCGAACAGGAUUCGGAGCCGUUCCUCAAGAACAUAACAUUACACGUUCCUCGUGGUUCACUCAUCGCCGUUGUAGGCGCCGUCGGCUCCGGCAAGAGUUCCUUGUUGGCUGCCCUUCUUGGAGAGAUGAACAAGCUUUCCGGACGAGUUAAUACUACCGGCACCAUCGCGUACGUACCUCAGCAAGCGUGGAUCCAAAACGCAACACUUCAAGACAACAUUCUUUUCGGCAAGCCUCUUGACAAGCAAAAAUACAACAAUGUCAUAGACAUGUGUGCUCUCAAACCUGACUUCGAAGUACUGCCUGGUGGAGACCAAACUGAAAUUGGAGAAAAGGGAAUAAACCUGUCGGGCGGGCAGAAGCAGCGCGUGUCGCUGGCGCGGGCGGUGUACUGCGACGCGGACAACUACUUCCUGGACGACCCGCUGAGCGCCGUGGACUCGCACGUGGGCAAGCACAUCUUCGACAAGGUGCUGGGCCCGGCCGGGCUGCUGAAGCACAAGACGCGCGUGUGGGUCACGCACAACGUGUCGUACCUGAUGCACACGGACCUGGUGGUGGUGCUGCGCGACGGAGAGGUCUCCGAGGCCGGCUCCUACCAGCAGCUGCUCGAGAAGAAAGGCGCCUUCGCAGACUUCCUGCUGCACCAUCUUAGCGACGCCGAGAGGACCUCCCCUGAAGAAUUGGACAAGAUCAAACAGGACCUUGAAAGUAAACUUGGAACUGAGUUCCAGCACAAGUUACAACGAGCUCGUUCACUAUCUGAAAGUGCCUCCGAAUCAGAACAGGCAGCAGCAGGUGACCGCGCCGGCAGCGUGAAAAGAAAGACUCCAGAAGCAACGCCUAAUGAAUUGAAAGAGAAGAACAAACUCAUUGAAGCUGAGAAAACCGAGACUGGAAGUGUAAAAUGGGGAGUAUACAAACACUAUUUGAUGAGCGUCGGAAUCCUCUCGUCCGUAAUCACGGUACUCAUGAAUCUCAUUCUCCAAGUAUUCCAAGUUGGCUCCAACUACUGGCUGACCGAGUGGGCCAAUGAUGAUAAAAUGUUGGUGAACGGAACUGUGGACACGAAACGUCGUGACAUGUACCUGGGCGUGUACGGCGGCCUCGGUAUCGGACAAGUGGUGUCGGUGUCGGUGUCGUCGCUGGCGCUGUACCUGGGCACGCUGGCGGCGGCGCGCGCGCUGCACGCGGCGCUGCUGGCCGGCGUGCUGCACGCGCCCUCCAUCGGCUUCUUCGACUGCACGCCCGUCGGCCGCGUGCUCAACCGCUUCAGCAAGGACGUCGACGUGCUCGACAAUGUCUUGCCCAUGACGCUCAGGGGCUGGACCUCCUGCUUCUUUGCGGUACUGGGCACCCUCUUCGUGAUAAGUUUCUCGACGCCGAUAUUCAUGGCCGUGAUCCUUCCGAUUGGGUUUAUCUACUACGUGAUCCAGCGGUUCUACGUGGCCACGUCGCGACAAUUGAAGCGACUGGAGUCUGUGUCGCGAUCGCCUAUCUACUCGCACUUCGGCGAGAGUAUAACUGGCUCUAGUACGAUACGUGCGUACGGCGUCUCGGAAAGGUUUAUCGAAGAAUCAGAGCGCGGAGUUGACCACAACCAGUCUUGCUAUUACCCAAGCUGCAUCGCUAACAGAUGGCUGGCGAUCAGGCUGGAAAUGAUCGGAAACCUGAUCAUUUUCUUCUCGGCGAUGUUUGCUGUGCUCAACAGGGACACCAUUAGCGCCGGUCUUGUAGGACUCUCCGUCAGCUACGCCUUACAGAUUACACAAACUUUGAACUGGCUGGUACGCAUGACAUCAGAAGUAGAAACAAACAUUGUAGCAGUCGAGAGAAUUAAAGAAUACGCAGAGACGGAACAGGAGGCGCCGUGGGCGAUAGGCGCGGGCCCGCCGGCCACGUGGCCGGAGACGGGCGCGCUGCAGCUGGAGCGGCUGACGCUGGCGUACCGCGCCGGCGCCGAGCCCGCGCUGCGGGACGUCACGUGCGCCGUGGCGCCGCGCGACAAGCUCGGCAUCGUCGGCCGCACCGGCGCCGGCAAGUCCACGCUCACGCUCGGCCUGUUCCGCAUCGUCGAGGCCGUCGGCGGCCGCAUCCUCAUCGACGGCCUGGACAUCGCCACCAUGGGCCUGCACCAGCUGCGCUCGCGCAUCACCAUCAUCCCGCAGGACCCGGUGCUCUUCUCCGGCACGCUGCGCAUGAACCUGGACCCCUUCGAGACCUUCUCGGACGAGGACAUCUGGCGGGCGCUCGAAUACGCGCACCUCAAGCCGUUCGUGCAAGGGCUGCCGGCCGGGCUGCGCCACGAGGUGGCGGAGGGCGGUGAGAACCUGUCGGUGGGACAGCGGCAGCUCGUGUGCCUGGCUCGCGCGCUGCUGCGCAAGACGCCGCUGCUCGUGCUGGACGAGGCCACCGCCGCCGUCGACCUCGAGACGGACGAGCUCAUCCAGAAGACCAUCCGGUCGGAGUUUGCGUCGUGCACGGUGCUGACCAUCGCGCACCGGCUCAACACCAUUAUGGACUCCACGAAGGUCAUGGUGCUGGACAAGGGCCAACUUGUCGAGUACGCGCCGCCCGACCAGCUUCUUCAGGACAAGAACUCCGUAUUCUACAGUAUGGCCAAGGACGCCGGACUGGUUAAUUAAAUAUUUUUAUCAUAUUCACUAUCUCAUCCAUUCCACAUAGUGAAUUUAUUGUAUUGAGCUCAUCUUAGGGUGAUAGACGAUAUCAAUACAGGCACGCUAAGCUCGUAGUAGUUGGCCUUACUAAUGCAAAAAAAAAUGCUAAUGAAAAAAUUGUACAUACCUACGUUGUUUGUUAACGACGUGUCUGCAUUGUCGAUACAUGGUAUCGAGUCGUUGUUGUCUAUUACUUAACUCUAUUUGCGCUCUACACAAAUAAAAACUCUUGCUGCCACUAAGUUAUUUGACAAUAGUCAUAAUGAUAAAUAGAAAGUUAAUCUAUUUUACCUCCCCAUGUUAAGUUUUAGUGUGUAGGAAAGUAAGAAAACUGAAGCAUUUACAACUCAUCACAGUUACAAAUAAAUGGAUAAUAGUGACUUAAUGUCAUAAUAGUACUUAAGUAUAAUGACAGGGUGAGAUUUUUUAUGAGUUUCUGCUAUAGGUAAUAUAAUUAUGAUAUAUCAUUAAGGUAAGCUCAAAUCAUGCCACGAGAAAAGACAUAAGGAUGAUUUCAAUUUGAGAAGAAAACUUGCGUCUUUAAUAAAUGUAAAAUGAAAAUCUAAGAAAAAAAUUACAUUAAAUGUCUGUGAGAUGUGGUGCAGUAAGAGAUGCCUUUCGCUUACCAUCUUUUUGACAGAUCAGUUAGCGGAAGCCUUCUCGUCAGAUCAGAUCUACGUCAGAAUUGUGCGAACUCCUAAUUAACUUCAAAUCUUUUUUAUUUAACUUACGUCACAUGCACUUAUAAAUGUGAAAAACCAAUAAUAGAACAAGAGUAGGUUGCUUGUACCUGUAGUUUUUCCGGCACAAGUACCUAAGCGUGCUUAAGGCCAAAAAGCAAUUUCUUUCAUUGGAAUAAACUAUAUUUCGCAAUGUGUUCACGUACUUACAAAAUGACUUAUGUUUCAUUGUUUCUAGGUUAAUCAUAUCAAUUCAUGUAAGAGAUUAAUAAUAAUAAUCUGAUCAUAAGCACAUUAUAUAAGUUUUAUUAAGUAUUUGCUACAAAUUAAACUCAUCCCUGCCAAGUACCUUCUUUUAAGUAUCUCCUUUUCUUUUAAUAUAUAUGUACAUUGUUACACAUUUUUUAUGUCCUAAACGGCAUAUGCAUAUAUGCUGUAUAGUUUAUAAUUAAACUAGAAUUAUUUAAAUACUCCUGAUUAUUGUAUAAUGUUUGUGAAUUAUUAUUUUGUUAACUUAAUUCUGAUACUUAAUUUACAUUAAAAUUUACUUAAUUGUCAAGCUAUUUAAUGGUUUUGCAUGUUCAAUAUAUUAUUUGAGUUAUUAUUAUUUUACCUUUAGCUCAAUGAGUUACCACGGACCAGCUGCUUGAUCAAUGUUAACAAUGUUUGUAUUCCUUUAUUUAUGUAGAUAUGUAUGAAGAAACUAGUUUUGUUUAAGUAUGAUUUUAUAUGCUAUGACUCACGCAACGGUCCAUCAUUUGUAUUGUCAGUGCUUGGUUUCAUUGUGCUGAAAAAAUAUGUAAAAACUUAUACUAGUACUUACAUAAAAACUUACAUAACCAUAGAAGGGUGCUGCCAAACGAAGUGUUGCCGGCAAAUAUAAUGGCCACUAAUAACCUCAGUUUAAGUGUUGAAAUAAUAUUAUCUGUAAAAAACUAUGUUUAAGGAAAACAUACUUUAAAUUAAAGCUGCCGUGUUUACUAAAAAUACCACAUGCGAUUUUUUGUCAUGUGAUGAUAAUAAGGUUUAUACAUAAAGAGUAAAUAAAUUUUGUUUUAAAAAUAUUUUUAUGGCUCAUUCAAUUUCCAAGUUGAAUUAAAAAGAAAAAAAAACAAGACAGAAGAAACUUAAAAAUACUUGUGCUUCUAUUGGUCAACCUUACUUCGUAACGUGUGUCGAAUUAAUUACGGUGACAACACCGUCAUAAUUCACCAACUUGCAUUUAAAUUGGAAGCAGUUGGGUUAAAUUCGACCGCGAAUUUUGACUAUUCCAUUUUUGUAAUGUCAAUAAGGUCUACAAUAACUGUACAUCUGUGAAUAAAGUACCUAUGUACAUAAUAUGUACAAUUUGUAAAAAGUUGCCCAGUUUCAAGCAAGGCAGGUUUUAGGAUAUAAGUAGAUUAGUCUUCACUUUUGUGCCUAUUGAAUAAUUAAAGAUUAUUUGUUUCAAUGUGUAUUAAAUUAAAGAAAUUUUACCAGGAUAGA